CAGUCGGAGGCGGACUCGGCGCGUGUCAGCUGAAUGGAGCAGGCAGGAGGAAGUGGCCCCUGGUGCAGUUCCACACCUUUCCGUUGUAGCAGCAGCAGCAGUGCGGAUAGCUCCAGUUAAAGGAGGAAGACAAGAGCCGAGACAAUUUACCGACUCUGCGCGAAAGUAAAACAGCGUGGCCAGCGUUUCAUGGACGGCGCGUUCCUGCCCGCGGACUAGCAGGGCUUCGUUUUCCGAAGUCGUUUCCCAAGCAGCGCGGCGAAGUUGCCCGGCGUGAGCCGACGUUAAGCCGCUGUUUCUCCGCCCUGCGAGCAGCGGGGAGAACAAGGGCGCACCCGGUGAGGAGGACCCGCCACAUCCUAACAGCAGAGGAAAUCAUCUACAAGUAUCGCGGCUUUUGUUGGAGGUCCUGGUCACCCACGAGGGGAGGGGACCUGUGCGGUUUCUAGUCGUCGCGGCCUGUGUUCACCUCGUAUCUUUUUAUCUUCCUUUUUAUUUUUACUGAACAAUGAACGACCUGCAACAGCUGCUGCCAAGUUCUUAGUCCGAUCGUGUCAUGUUGUGUGUAGGCCGAGAGGAUAUUAUCUGAGCAUAAAUGCCCCUGCACCUAACAAGAUCCAGACAGACUUUGAGGUAAAAAGUCAAGCAUGUGUGUAUAUUUUUGACUUUAUUCCCUUUAGAAAUCAAAAUAUCCCCCCCCCUCCCUCACCACCAUAGGGCUCCACCUGUAAGCCUGUCAUAGACUGUGAGCUGCAUUCCAAGUGAACAUCAAGACGUUGUCACGUUUUCUUAUUAGGAACAAAGUAUUUAUGCCCAAGAGUUCAAAAUGGGGAAAAUGCUGUCAAAGAUCUUUGGCAACAAGGAGAUGAGAAUAUUAAUGCUCGGACUCGACGCCGCUGGGAAGACGACGAUCCUUUACAAACUGAAACUGGGACAGUCGGUGACCACCAUCCCCACGGUCGGCUUCAACGUGGAAACGGUCACCUACAAAAACGUCAAGUUCAACGUCUGGGACGUCGGAGGCCAGGACAAGAUACGGCCCCUGUGGCGGCACUACUACACGGGGACCCAGGGCUUGAUUUUUGUGGUGGAUUGCGCCGACAGGGAUCGCAUCGACGAGGCGAGGCAGGAGCUCCACCGCAUCAUCAACGACCGCGAGAUGAGGGAUGCCAUGAUCUUGAUAUUUGCCAACAAGCAAGACCUCCCGGACGCCAUGAAGCCGCACGAAAUCCAAGAGAAGCUGGGGCUGACCCGGAUCAGAGAUAGGAAUUGGUACGUUCAGCCCUCCUGUGCGACCACAGGUGACGGACUGUAUGAGGGUCUGACAUGGUUAACCUCGAAUUACAAGUCUUAAUGAUUGAGUGCUGACUGUUUUAGGUCAAAGCUACAAUGUCGCAAGUAACAAUUUACUCUUCAAAAUGAGAAUGCUUAAAGAAAAAGUUGAUUAUCUCAGUUUAUUUUUAUUACCUUUUAUCUUUUUGACUAAUUUAUCUUUAACUGGGUUUGCCGGCUUAAAGUUUGCUUGUGUUCUGUAGCAGGCAUUUAUCCCAUUCUUUAUUGCUUGGGCUUGUUUGGAGGACGAAAAAAAAAAUGGAGUUAACUGGUUUGUGAGGUCAAAGCCACAGAGAUCACCAUCUUUGCCUGUUAUUUUUCUUUCUAUUUGAAAUCUUUUUUUUUUUGUUUUGUUUCCUAAGGACAUUCUUGGACUUGGGCUGUUUCAAAGUCCUUUUGAUUCUGUUGGGUUGAACUUUGACAGUGAACUCUUUAUUGUCAUGUAGCCUACUUGAAGGACACAGUACUGUGAUUUAUAGUUUUCCUUCUCUGGUAAUCAAAAGCUGGGGUAAAUGCAAGAAAAGAAAACAUUGCCCAUCUUUACAUGUCCGGUCUGAUUAAAACAACACAUCCCCCCCCCCCCCCCCACCUCAAAUACAAUAACUUGGGCUUUUCUAGUUACUGAUGGACCUGGUUCAUGUCUCACUAUAAUGUGGGGGUGUUAAACAAAAGGGCCACCAGUAGCCUCAGCGCGGGCCCCUCAGUCUGACACCACAGCUGAUUGGUCUCAGUAUUGGGACCUCAUAUGAUAGCUUAUAUCUGUAGCAUGACUACAUACGUACAUUAAUCCUACAUCAGAGCCCAUGUGUUGGCACGGUCAGAUCAGAGAGCUGUUGAGAAGUGAGAUGUUGAAGCCUGUGGUGCAGCUCCUAUUCCUUAAUUGACUGGGGGAAACUAUGUACAGAACAAUGUCAUUGUAAUGUCUUAUUAAAAAAGUGAUUUUAAAUUUU